UGUAUCGUUUUAUUAAUGUAGAUAUUUCGUUAGGUUAGGUUAGAGAUUAAAAGAUUUAGAGUAAGUUAUACGAAUUUGAUGGAAGCUGGAGUCUCGAAUCGACAAAGUAGAAGUUAAGACGAAAAAAGAACUCUAUUUUGUUUCAGUAAUUGAAGAAUUUGUAUUUCGUGAAACUGUAUUUUAAAACAUGAGUGACGAAGAGAAAUUUUUACUUGUAGAAAAUAAAGAUCAUAAACAAAUACAAGAGCAGUUGGAACAUACGAGUUUUAAGGAAUUGAUGAAGUUAAAAGAAAAAUUGGGGACCAAGAUAUAUAAUGAGACGGCAUUUGGAAGAAGAAGCAAGAGAAGAGUAGAAUUUAAGCGAGAAAAUAAAAAUAGGCCACGUGAGAUGUCCGCUAAGAAGCCAGUUUCUAGGUUUAAUCCGGCGGUUGUGGUUAAAAAAUUUGUAUCACGAGAUCCUAGAUUUGAUAGUUUAUGCGGUACAUAUGAUGAAAAGGCUUUCAGGCACUCUUAUGCUUUUCUUAAUGAAUAUCGAGCAAAUGAUCUCCAAACUUUGCAAAAAGAAUUAAAAGAAACAACUGAUCCAAAAAGUAUAAAAAAGAUAAAAUAUCUCAUACAAAGACUUGAAAAUCAAUUAAGAGAAGGAAAGAAACAGAUGGAAAAAGAAGAAAAAAAGCAGCAAGAAAAGAAGGAAUUGCUGGAAUCUAUUAAACAAGGAGAGAAACCAGUCUUUAAGAAAAAAUCUGAAAAGAAAAUCUUAAAUUUAGUCUCACAAUAUGAAGAAUUAAAGAACACAGGGAAAUUAAAGAAACAUAUUCAGAGACUGCGGAAGAAGAAUAAACACAAGGACAGAGCAAAGUUAAGAGACAGAGAAGAAUUAGAUGAAAUAGAAUAAGAUAUAUUUGCAUAAAUGAUUAAGUUUAAUGUUAUUAAGAAAUAUUAUAUCUGUAAUUCAUCUC